CUGAGAUCCUGUAAAAAAUAUAAAAUAUAGUUCUAAUUCCAGCACCUUGACAGGCCAGAAUAAAUUGUAGAUCUUUCACCACAAUAAAGGCUGACAACAUCACUUGAAAGGCACGUUAAAUUAGGAAACCGAGAUAUAUCGAGCAACCCACCGAAGUGCGCAGUCAACUACGCACAAACCUCCUUCAGGGUUCAACCCAAGUUAACGAAUCAAGAUACGAUGAGACUAAACCAACAGACCUUCCAUGAGUCGUUGGAUGAGAUGAUUGAACAAAGUCUAGGAGGUUUUGGACAUGUACAGUUGAUACAAGCAAUUCUUGUUUCACUGCCUCUGCUCUUUGACGCCCAACAAACAUUCAUUAGCGUCUUCACCGACGCAGUUCCGACAUGGCACUGCACUGAUGAUACUACUUACAGCUCAAAUUUAGACAUUUGCAGUCUUUCUAGGAGUUCUUGGUCUUGGGAUGGUCCUUCUGAUAGGACGAUCGUCUCGGAAUGGAGCCUUGAAUGUGCUAGUUCAAUCAUCACUGGCUUACCUUCAUCGUCCUUCUUCAUGGGGUGCCUGGUGGGUGGGUUCGCCUUCUCCACCCUCGGUGACUCAUGGCUUGGUCGUAAGAAACUGCUUUUCUUCUCAUGUUUGGCAAUGUCUAUAUCUGCUUCUGCUACCACUUUAUCUGCCAACAUCUGGAUAUAUUCACUCCUGAGAUUUGUCUGUGGACUUUUCCGAUCAUCUAUCAUGACAACAGCCCUUGUGUUGUUAAUGGAGAUGGUAGGAAAGCGUUGGCGUGGUCAAGUAGGGAUUAUUGCAUUUUUCUUUUUCACCCUAGGAUUAUUAUCUUUGCCAGCUAUAGCUUACACAAACAGAGGUUCCUCAUGGAGAAUUCUUUAUUUUUGGACUUCCAUCCCAGCAAUAGCUUACUGCAUAAUAGUUUAUUUCUUUGUUAGUGAGUCCCCAAGAUGGCUUUUCCUGCAGGGGCGUGAAGUUGAAGCUAUGGCAGUUCUUAAAAAGUUUGGACCAGUUAAUGUUGAUGGCUUCAACUCAUAUCUAGUUGACGUUCCUCUGCAGGAGGAACUGACUAAUAAGUUGGAUAUGUACGCAUCCAUGAAGGACUUGUUUCGGAGAAGAUGGGCUCUAAGAAGGCUACUAGCUGCUAUGGCCCUUGGUUUUGGCGUUGGAAUGGUUUACUACGGCAUGCUGUUGGGGGUUGGGAAUUUGGGUAUCAAUACAUACUUGAGUCUUACACUGAAUGGCUUAUUAGACAUCCCAGCCUAUUUCCUUACCUUCCUCCUGAUAGAAAGAUGUAAAAGGACCACUUCAAUGCUAACAUUUUCGAUUGCAAGUGGGGUAUGCAGUAUAAUUUGUGGUGCAGCAAGUGAGCACAAAGGCAUUCAAAUUGGACUAGAGCUAGUAGCAUUUUUUAGUUCCUGCACGGCAUUCAAUGUAGUAUUGAUAUAUGUGACAGAGUUGUUUCCCACAUCUGUGAGGAACUCGGCCACAUCAAUGGUGAGGCAGGCGCUCAUCUUUGGUGCUGUGUUCAGUCCUUUACUGACUUCUGCAGGUAGAAAAAAUGAGUUUCUCUGCUAUGGAGUUCUCGGGUUAGUCAUAUUGUGUUGUGGGUUGUUCGUGGCUUAUCUGCCUGAGACUAGGGGAAUGGCUAUGUUUGAUACCUUGGAUGAACAAGAGUCUCAUGAUAACACAAUCGUAAUUGUAAGCUGAUUAAGCUGUCGACUAACGAGGAAUACAGUGUAUUGUACUGGCUGCUUGCUGCAAUAUCCAGCCACUACCUCUUCUUUGUGCUUGUUGUUACCGACUGCUAUUCUUGUUUCUUCA